AUGAUGAAACAAGGAGCGGAAGAGGAUCGUUUAUUGCCAGCCACACUCACAAUUUAUCACGAGCUAACUGCCGGAGCGCGGUGGAAGGAUCAGGAGUUAAUUGGGCAGCAGGAGGAGGCGCGGGCAAUAAAAGAAGUCCAGGACACCCGCCCACGGUCCGCCCACUCCAAGGCUAGUGUAGCCACUCCCGCUGCAGUUCAGGUGGCACCGCUUUGUCCUCAAUCAUCCUGGGUUGGGUACAACAACGUUAGCAGUCCUUUGAGGCCGGAGGUAUAUAGUUUGUUCCCGAAGUAUAAGACGCCUCGUGUUCCUAAACCUGGAAUCGGUCUACAUCAUUCUUUAUCAGAUUUGGACUCACCCCACACAGUUCCGCCAACCAGAAAUCAUCCCCCAGCCCUCACACAAUGGUUAUUGUCCUCGAGCUACCCCUCUUUGCUGACAACGGAGAUGUCCCUUCAGUCCUUAUUAGUCUUGUUAUUCGAUCUGGAGAACCUAUUCAGCGAGAAUUUCUGGGAAGAAACUGGGAACGAUGUAGAACUGUAA